UAAAUGUGCAAUGCGAUGCCUCACACCUCCUUAUACAAUUUGUCAACACGAAUAUUGUCUCCUCCGGGUCCGUUUCUGACGCCCAGUCCAUCACCAUCGAUCUCAGCUAGUCCACGCCUGCAACCAUCACCAUCGCUAUCGCCAUUCCCACAGGAUGUGGUGCUCGUAGCCGGUGGCAACGCAUUAAACGCCAACAGCAAUCCACAGGAACACGAGCGCAAGGCGGCGACGCCUGGCAGGCGACAAUCCAUACAUCAGUUCACAAAUGGCAGUCCCAAUGCCGGCACCGUUGUCUUUCAGCCGAGUCCUUCACAGUCACCGGCCGCUGCGACGACGGUCAUUGGCGUGACAGCUGGCGGUCUCAUAGCCGCCGCCGCCGCCGCUGCCAGUGGUCACAACAAUAAUGCAAUCGGCACUGAGCUGAACGCCACGCUCGUCGGCUCCAAUAAUAUUCAACUGAACAAGAAGGGCAACAAACGGACUGGGCAGCAGCAGCAACAGCAGCAGCAGCAAUUGCAGCAGCAAAUCUUUAGCACCAGCGCAGCGGCGCCAACCUCAAUCUGCUCGACAGUAGCCGGCGGCUAUGGGCAACCGAGUGCAACGGCAAUCAGCACGCCCAUUUCGUUUGCGACAGCAAAUGUGGCUAGUAGCCCAAAAGGUCAAGCGAAAAAGGGCGCCAACACGGUGCUGAGCCAGCAACAGCAGCAACAUCAUCAGCAACAACAACAACAGCAGCAGCAGCAGCAACAGGCACAGUUCCAGCAGUAUCAGAGCAGUAGUCCGCUGAUAGCAGACAGUCCGAUACCCAGUCCGAGCAGCGCGAUUGCCGCUGCGGCCAUAAAACCGCCAACGCCACAGCCUCAGGCCGUACAGAUGCUGCCGCAGCAGUUUACUAUCACGAGCGGGCCGCAACAGCAGCCGGCGACGCAGCAAGUGUUUCAGUUUAUUCAGGGGCCGCAGGGUCAGCUCAUUGCCACAGCGCAGCAGCCGUCGUUGCAGCAGCAACAUCUGCAACAACAUCAACAACAUCAACAACAGCAACAACAGCAACAACAGCAACAACAACAACAACAGCAGCAGCAACAGCAACAGCAACGUUUUACCAGCAAUGCGGGUAUUGCGUUGCCCUCCACUGCCAACACGAAGGCGAGCAAGGCUCCACAGCAGAUUCUGCCCAAGCCGCAACAGGAGCUUACAACGCAGCAGCUGCCCAAAAGCAAAAACUCACAAUUGCCACAGAUCUCGCAGUCGCCUCAGCCGCAACAGGCACAGCUCACUGCCGCCUCCAACAAUGCCAACACCCAACAGCAGCAGCAGCAGCAACAAAUUUUGUUGCCUGCAACAACGGCACAGCCGCAACAAUUGCUCCUAAAUCAAAUGCCCGUGCUGGUGCAACAGAAUCAGCAGGGUGUGCAGCUCAUCCUGCGUCCGCCUACGCCCCAGUUGACAGCAACGCCAUCGCUGGUGAUACAGAACUCGCGUGGACAACCACAGCUGCAGCAACCCGCCCAGCAGCAGCUACUACGGAUUGUGAAUGCCAAUGGUGCCACCAUGCAGCUAGCGGCUGCCACACCAACAUUCAUAGUCUCCUCGCAGGGCAAUCUCAUACAGCAGACGGCGGCUGCCGGCCAAUUCCAAAGUGCCAUCAAGACUGGCACACAGCUAAGCGGGCUGCAUGCAGCGCUGGCAGCGCAAACGCCACGAUCUCAGCCGUUUACGACGACGGCCACCAUCAAUACCCAGUUGCUGGGCCAGAGCGUUGCGGCACAACUGCAGAAUCUACAGUUAGCGGCUGCGGCGGCUGCCAAUGGCAAUGGCAUUGCCCAAAUUCAAAUGCCCAACGGUCUAGCGGCCAUUUCGCAAUUGCAGCAAACGCUGGGUGGCGCCACCAUCAAUCUGAAUCAAUUGAAUGGCGCGCAUCUGCAGCAGAUAGCGAACGCCUUCCAAACGCCUCAACCGCCGCCACAGCAGCAGCACCAACAACAACAGCAGCAGCAACAACAGCAACAGGCUACAGGUACGGGUUCAGCGAAUAGCAAUGGCAAUAAUUCCGCGGACAUAUUCGCACAAUCCUCGCCAGCGCUGGCCGUUACGCCAGAGCCAAUGCGUCAUCCAACGCCGCAGCAGCAGGCAGCCCUAGCAACUAUACAGCUGCAGCAUCAGCAGCAACAGCAGCAGCAGGCGCAAAUACAACAGCUACAGCAGCAGUUGCAGCAGACUCAAACGCAGGUGCAACAGGCGCAGCAGCAGCAUCACCAACAACAGCAACAGCAGCAGCAGCAUCAAAUUCAGACUACGGAGCCCAAGAAGAAGCCGCGACAGCGCAAAAAGAAACUGCCGCCAGCGACGACGACGACGCCAGCGCCACUGCAAAAAAUUGCCAUACCUGCCACGCCCACAAUAACAACGAUGACGACGCCGACGACGGCAGCGCCAAUACGAACGCCAACGCCACGCGUUAAAUCGCCAUCGCCGCCGCCGACGCACAUACAGCGUGCCAGCAAUGGCAAACUAGAUCUCGGCGAUGUGAUGAAGUUCUGCGGCAUAACUGAGGACGACGACGAUGACGAUGACUACGGUGGCAUGGAUGCGGUGACAAGUGUCGCACCAACUACAGCCAAUGGCAGCGGCAACAUUGAGGAAGCACUGCCAGCACCACAAGCACAAACAGCACCACCAGUACCAGCACCACCGCCACCGCCGCCGGCACCCAUAAGCAACGGAAUCACAACUGCUGCAGCAGUCAAUGCAACGGCGCCCAGCUCCAAUGAUAUCAUGAUCUCCAUACCGAGCCAAAACGGCAGCGAUGGGCUGCCCUUCACGCUGACCAUACCGGCACCGGUGCCGGUCAACGAAGCCACCGAAAUACCAAAUAUCCUCAUCAAGAUUGAUCCAAGCGAUGCGGCGGCAGCUGCUGCUGCCGUUGCCGCCGGAGCAACAGUACCACCGUAUACGCUAUCAACGCCGCGGCUGCCAACCGCCGAGGAAAUCCAGCGACAGGCACAGCAACAUCUCGCCCAGCAGGCAGCCGCUGCGGCGGCAGCAGCAGCAACUGCGACAGCAACAGCUGCCACCAAAAUCUGCAGCAGCAUACAGCCGCUGACAGGAGGCGGGACGGUGACGGCGCCAACGAUUAGUUUCAAUUUGGGCGCACAAUCUCAAACCAUUGGCGGUGUGACGCUGCAGCCGACGCCCAUUGCGGCGAGCAUAACGUUGACCACGCCCACAACGACAGCAGCAGUAACGAACAAUGCCUCAACUGCAGCGGUGAAGCCGCGUCGCAAACCCGCCGUGCGUCGCAAUACCAAGAAGCAAGAAAACUUAGCCAACAUCAACAACAUCAGCAGCAACAGCAAUAUUAUCAACAAUAACAACAACAACAACAUCAUCAGCAGCAGCAGCACUCUAUGUAACAUCAGCAGUAACAGCACAACAGCAGCAGCAACUAUUAGCAGCAGCAGUAGCUGCAUUAGCAAUACUGUCAACACCAUCACACUGACAACGCCCGUUAGCAACUGCACAACCAACAGUAUAUUGCUGCCGCAUGGCCUCGGACUUGCCAGCGGCAGCAGCAGCAGCAGCAACAACAACACCACGCCGACAACAGUGCCCAGCCAGAUUGGCAACAUACAAAUCUCGCAGGUGCAAAAUCAUCAUCAGUCAGCGUUGCCCAUCAGCAGUGCCGUUGAGAAUAAGAUCCAAAUAAUGCCCAUACUUCCACCCGGUGCCACUGUAAUGGGUGGUGCUGUGCCCCCAGCAACAGCAGCAGCAGCAACAACGACAGCAGCUUCUGCACAGCAGGCACAGCUCGUAUUUCAGCCAACGCAGUCAGUUACGGCAACAGCAACUACAACAUCCGCUGCAGUCGAUACAGCAACCAUAAAGCUGUCAAGUGACGGACGUCAAAUGCAAUUGGUGACGAUACCACAAGCGACACCACCACCACCCCAAUCGGCGCCAAUACAAGCGGUGACGACGGCAGGUGGCGCCACUAUCUUGCCGCCACAGCUGACAGGCAUGCCGGGUAAUGUUUCCAUUUCGGUGGGUUCACCAGCCUCGGCAGCGGCGCUCGUGCCGCAACUAACGGGCAGCCUAACGCUGGCUGUUUCCGAGCAUUGUGAGCGUCUCAUAUUGCGUCAUGAUCCCAACAAUCCGCAAGAUCAUCAGUCGCAGCUAAUACUGCAGGCACUGCUCAAGGGCGCCCUGCCCAACGUGACCAUCAUUAAUGAGCCCACACGCGUUGAUAUUAGCAAGCCACCAGCUCCGACGCCGCCGCCGCCGCCACCUCCACAGCAACAGCAACUACUGCCGCAGGCAGCAGCAGCAGCAACAGUUCCACAAAUGCCCAAAGUGUUGCCAGCAGCAGCUCCCAAAGGAGAAGUCAAAGCAACCAAUAACAGGAAGCUAUCCGCACCCACCGCGCCCGCCAUUAAUCUGCUAAGCAACAACUCCAGCAACAGCAUCAUAAACACCACAGCAACCAAUACAAUGAAACCACCGAUUAUGCCCGCAAAGCCUAACGAAAUUUUAUCCUUUCCACAAGUGUCAUCAAUUGCAGCGACAACGUCUCAACUGCUCGUGCAGCAGCAGCAGCAACAGCAUCAGCCGCCGCAGCAACAGCAACCCCAGCAACAGCAACCCCAGCAGCAGCAGCAACAACAACAACAGCCGUCGCAGCCGCAACCGUUAGCAAAUAGUGCGCAACGUUAUGUGGCACUGCCGCCCAUAGAUCCCAGCACACAGCAGCUAUUCUGUCUGAACAGUGUCUCCAAUCAGAUAACGGCCAUCAGUGCUGGACAAACAGCGGCAUCGAUUGGGCCUGCGGAGCGACUGUUGAUUGCUCCAGCGGGCAUCAAUGCACAGCAGCUGGCGCAGUGCCUUCAACUGGGUCAGUUGCACUUUAACGAUGUGAAUCCCUUGCCACCCUCACAGCUACAACUGCAGCAACAACAGCAGCAGACAGCAACAGUAAUGACGACGACGGCAACAUUGCCAAUUCCAUUGCGAUUGCAGCCGCCACAGCAGCAGAUCGUGCAUCCCAUACAGCCCAUUAGCAAUGGGCAUGGCCUCGGUCUGCCCAUCAGCACGACGACAACAACGACGCUAACGACCACCAGCAACACCACAACGAACACCACAACGGUCACCAAACAAGUGGCUAAUGUGGCGCCCAUCAUUGAUCAGAGCAAGGCAAAAUUGGAGCCUGCGAAAUCUACCGGUGCCGGUAGCACAGCAGCCACAGCUGCGAGUACCGGUGCCGUGGCCAAAAAGAAGCCCGUGCGUAAGCCGAAAACAACGCCAACAGCUGCCGAAAUGGCAAGCCUAAAGAAUGCCAGUGUGGUGAAGCCGAUGCCCAAACUGGAUCCGCUCUCGCAGAAGCCCAACAAUAAUCCUGUGCAAAUUGUGCAGCCCAAUGUGGCGAGCGGCAAGCAGAUGAUUGUUGUUGUCAGCUCCAGUGGUGGCCAAACAACCACAACAACAACAACGACCAUCAUGAGCAACAGCAUUCAACCCUUCCAGACAACGAGUGGCACCAAGCUGGUGGGCGUUACAGCGCCCAUGCAGCAGCAACAACAACUGCAGCAGCAGCAACCACCCGCGACGGCAGCGAUUGUACAGUUGCAACAGCAGCAGCAUCAGCAGCAGCAUCAGCAUCAGCAACAACAACAACAGCAGCGCGGCAGCUUCAGCCUAACGGCAACAACAUCGGCGCCCAGUGCGGUUGUUAGCAGCGGCAGCAGCAGUGGAGUGACAGCGACGUCUGUUGUCCCACAAUUGCAAGGGCCAUUGCAGCUACAACAGCAACAGCAACAACAGCAUCAGCAACAACAACAGCAGCAGCCAAAACAACAACCGCAACCCGUGCAACAGCAACAGCAGCAACCGCCACAACAAAAUACGAUUUCGCGGGUUCAAACAAUACAGUUAACCCCGCAAAUGCAGCAGGUAUUCCGGACAGUGCAAAUGCAGAUACAAUUCCUCACCAUCAAGCUGCAGAACAAGUCGUUUGUGCCCACGUUGCCUAUCUCGCCGGACAUUGAUCCCGCUGCAAUUGCCAUGUACAACAAGCCGAUGAGCGAUGCAGAGAUCAAUGUGGCAUUGCAGCGAUUGUUUGCCGAACAGCAUCGCAUAUUGGCGUCUGGUAAGGAGGUGCCAACGCCGGAGGGCAUGGUGCCGACUCCCAAUGCGAAUGGCAGCUUCAGUUUGAUGCCGCAACAAUUCCAACAAAUGCCGCAGCAACCACAACAACAAAAUUCUGCAGAAGCACUAAAAGCAACAACAGCUGGUGGUGUUAUUUUGGCUAAUGUGGUACAGCCAAACAAUCAUUCCACCACUGGCACUGCAUCACCAGCAGCAGCCGUAUCAGCUGCAAUCAGUGUGCAACAGCAACAUCAGCAGCAGCAGCAAAAUGUUGCUCAGCGCAUCCAUAUAUAUCCCAUGCAACAUCAGCAGCAGCAGCAAUUGGCAAACAAGCAAAAGUUGGCGCAGCAGAAACAGCAACAAGCAGCGUCCGCUUGCAACAUGCAACAGCAACCAACGUCACAGGCAAAGCUGAAGGAAUCAAAUUGUCGCAGCAAAGCGAAUGCUGUCAACCAACAACAGCAGCAGCAGCAGCAAGCGAGUGCAACUGUCAACAUAUUGCAGCCAAAAACAAAUAUGUUGUCCAUGCCGCAGCACCAACAACAACAACAGCAGCAGCAGUCGCAGCCACCAGUUUGCAUUAAAAACGGACCACCACCGCUCAUCUUUGCCAGCUCAACAAAUUUGCUAUCCAAUUGCAACAACAGCAGCAGCAACAUCCAUAACAACAGCAAUAUCAGCAAUGGCAACAUCAGCAACAACAACAGCAGCAGCAUGUUACCCAUGCCACCAUUACAACCGCAACAGUUUCAGCCACCACAACAUCAACCACAACAGCAGCAAACACAACAACAGCAAAUACAUCAACAGCCGCUGCAACAACAGCCACUGCAACAGCAACUUCAAACGCUACCCCCUCCACCACCGAUACGACGACCAGCAGCAACAGCAGCAGCAACAACAGUAGUAGCAACGCCAGCAUUGAGCAAUAUAAUUGUACCAUCACUGCCAGCGUUGCCCGUGUUCUUGCCGUCAUUGCCCGUAGCACCCAAGUCGGAGGAGCUGUUGCCAACACCAAAACCAAAAAUCGCACGCCUCUCCUUGUUCGUGCGCCAAUUGGAGGUCGAUCAGGAGAGCUGCCUGAAGCCGGACUAUGUGAAGCCAUUUCGUACCAAGGACGAGGCGGUCAAACGCCUUAUCAGAUAUCAUUGUAUGCAUGAGAACGAUACAGAGCCGCACUCCGAUGAGGAUGAAGAGUUUGAAUCAACGGCACUGGGCUUUCGUGAUAAGUUCCUUCAGCUAAGUGGUAAAUUCCAGGAGAUUUUGCUGCAAGAGUCAACUUUGCCGCAUCGUACGUCGGAGCUGCUACAAAUGCAGCAGCUGAUGAUUGACGACCUCAAGGGCGAGAUCAGCGAUAUACGCUGCGCUGAAAAGGAGCUGCUGGAGAAACAACAGCAGCAGCAGCAGCUCAAAGAGGAGCAAAGUUUCGAGCCAUCAACUGAGAUCGUUGCGGAAUCAUUGGACACCAAAGUGAAGGAGGAAAUCAAAAUGGAACCACUCGAAAGAGUUUCGGAAUCGGCAGCGCACUCAGCUGAAGUGGUCGACAAAUUUGAUUUGCUCAAAAAUAGUGCCGAUGUGAAUAAGGCUUACAACAAACAGCAGCAGCAGCAGCAACCACAACAGACGCCACAGCAGCAACAACAGUCACAACAGCAGCAAGUGGUCAAGCGGGAAGACAAUGGCGAAUGGCUUGACAAUGCUAAUCAGGCAUUGACCGACACUGUGAAAAAGGAGCAGCUCAACAGCUCCAAGGACAACGGCGAGUAUAUCAAAAAGGACUACGAUUUUGAUAUCGAGUCGGAGCUGACGCCCAGUUUUAUCAUGAAGAAGGUGGAGCAGAAAAUGCAGUCAGAAAAUACUAAGAAUGCUGAGAACUGUUAUUCGAACAGUACAAUGCAGGAACAGCAACAACAGCAACAACAUGCUAAAAACAAUAGUUUAGCCCAUGAAGAUCACGAGGAUGGUUGGUACUGCCUGCAGAAGGAGCUGAAUCUAAUGAGCAAUGAGCCAGUGCAACCACAGCAGCAGCAGCAACACUUGUCUCAGCAACAUCUGUAUGACAACAAUGCUGGCAGUAUGCUCAACAAUGGCAAUCAUUUGUCUGAUCUGUUUCCCAAUGGCUGCAUCGAUAAGAGCAAUCAGAGCAACAGCAAUAGCAGCAGUAAUAGCAGCACCAGCAGCUGUGCGGGCGAUGUUGUCAACAGCAGCACCAAUGCCGGUAACAACAACAACAACAAUAACAACAACGUACCCAUUGGCAAUUCGUCGUGCAGCCAACAGCGCCAACAGCCUCUGGCAAUGCAAGCGGAUCAACCGAAUCAUCAUCCGGCUAUUAGUGAGUUCUUUAACAGCGAUUCGGAUGUGCAAAAGUCUGUGGAGACGCGACUGGAGGCCAUGUUUGGGGAGUCGCCGGUGCAUUUGGAUGUGAAGAAUAGCAGUGAUGAGCACGAUAUUGAAUCCAAUCUGGAUGAGAUUUUCGGUGAUUCAAAAUCGCCAGUGGCGACUCACAAAAACAAACUAAACAUCUGGGCGCCGGAUACGGGUUUCAAUGCCAGCUACAGCAGCGAACAGCAACAGCAAUCGUUUGCACACCAGCAACAGCAGCAGCAACAACAACAUCACAUUGAGCUCAACUGCAAUAACAAUCCACGCUGGAUGCAAAGCAUGGAAGCCCACUAUAGCGACUACAUGUCCAGCAGCACAAGCACUGUUGAUGGCCAAUCCCACAAUCUGCUGGUCAAUGGCGAGUCACGGAAGCGUCAUUGGAAUGGCCAGAUUAUGGGUUCGAGCAGUGACCUUGAGGAUGAGAAUAGCAGCAAGCGUCUGUGCACUACCUCGUCGACAUCAUCGUCACCGAUGUCCACGCAGCAGCAUGUCCAGGUGGCGCAGCAUGGUAUAUUGGAUGCGGACAUGCUGGCGAUGCACGAUGGCAUGGAUGCUGUCGCUACUAAUGGUCCCGCUGCCUUCUCGCAAUUGCUCAUGAACGACCAGCAGCAGCAGCAACAACAACAACAGCAGCAACAGCAGCAGCAACAACAACAUAGCUUUACCAAUCAUCAAGCCUUUGCCAAUAUGUUGGAUCCACAGCAGCAACAGCAACAACAGCAGCAGCAGCAGCAGCACUAUCAGCACAGUAUGCAACCGCAACUGCAACAGCCGCAACAGGCGCAGUUGCAUGUGAAUCAUAUGGGCGCUUCUGUGGUUACUGGUGAAUACGAUGAUGAUAUCAGUCGGCAUGUGGCCAGUGCCAUUGACAGCAUCCUGAAUCUGCAGAAUAGCGGCGAUUCGUUGCAAUUCUCGCUGGGCUCGUUUUUGGGCGACAGCAUGCUGGACGAUCAGCGACAAGCGGCUAAUUUGCCCAGCUGCCAGCAGGAGCAGGCGAACAGUAGGCGACGUCAGCUGGGCGAGGAUAUGGGCGAUUGUCUCAUCAGCGGUGGUGCUGGAUCAGCUGUGAGCGCAGUGGCCGAUGGCAGUGGUAAUCUGUUGAUGGAUCACCAACAACACCAACAUCAUCAGCAACAUCAGCAGCAGCAGCAGCAGCUAUUGCAGAAUCACUUGGUGGGUCAGCAGCAGCAGCAACAGCAGCCGCCGCAUAUGCAGCAUCAUGCGCAGCAUCAUCACGGCAUGCCGCAGGCACAGCAACAGCAUCACGCGCAGCUAAAUGAUUUUAGCUGUGUGGCCGCUGGCCUCGAUGAUGCGGUUAAGUCGAUAAUGACCUCUUGACUUGGACUUGGUCUGCAAGCAGGAGCGGCACAAGCGACAGCAGCUGUCGAGCUGCCGCCGGCGGCAACGGCCACAGUUGCCAACAGUCUGAUACUGGAAUUUAACGCGACCACCUUGUGAAGAACUGCCCCAGGCAGCAACAACAACAAGAACAACGCAUUGAUUGUAUAGUUUAUAAAAACCAACCCGUUGCAUGUUAUUAGUUCUCUUUAGUUGUUGUCCACUGUGCCGAAUUUGUUAAGUUCAAUCAGUUGACAAUAUUUGCACCCUGCUCUGUACAAUUAUUUCUUCAUUUUAGAUCUAAGUUGAAAGAGUAGCGUAAAUUGUUUUAAAUCUUGUUUUCGUUUUUAGUCCAAUGUGUUUGUACAAUAUUUUUAAAAAGAACAAAAAACAAAAACAAAAAAAAUAAGAAAUGGAAGAAGUGAAAAGAAAAUCAGCCUGGUAAUUAUUUGUGUAAAUUAAUAGUCACACAUCCGAUCGGAGAGCAUUGUAAGGAAUAACAAAAGUCCUUAAAAGUCAAUAUAAAAGCAAUUAAACGCGGAGAAUUGAAAACAAUACGACGAAUAGCAUGAAAUGCUUCUUAGAGAAGUACACUUUAUGAAUUCUAAUGUAAUACAAAUUAUAUAGAUACAAUAAAUAAGUGAAAAAUGCCUAGACAAUUUAUUAAAAUUAUAUAUAAAACUAUGAAAAGAGCGUACACCAAGCAGAGAAACAAACGUAACAAAAAUAAAUCGAUUCUCCGGCAAGCCGUAGAUUAAAUACCUUUGCAGAUAAAUAUUAAGAAAAGUGUUUAUUUUGUAAUUUCAUUAUAAAAUAGUCCGAUUCAUUCAAAAUCACACUAAUGAUCCGCUGCAUUAGUGUCAUCUAAAUAGCUUUAAAAAUGACAAAAAGGGAUCGGAUGUGAUCCCCAUUGCAAAUCGAUUUCCAUCUUUUGACAAAAUUAAGAAACUUUCGCUCUGCAACAAUAUGAUAACAGAACAAAUGAUAAUGAUUGGUUGUAUAAUUCACAGUUAAGUAUGUUGGCACAAAGGAUCCAGCUGAGAGCAUUCAAAAUUCGUAAUUAGUUUUAUGAUGAUAAAGAGAAGAAAACAAUUGUAACAACGUUGCCAAUUUUGUUGAAAUGAGAACGGAAGUAAUCCAACCACAAAAAAUCUAUAUACAUUACAAACAUAUAUGUAA